AUGGCCCAUUCAGCGUCGUCAUCGACAUGUGUAGACUCUUGGAGCGCCAGCCACGGCAAUCCAGAUGAGUGCGAAGAAGAUAAGGACUGGGAUUGGGAUCAAGUGUCCGACGAAACUCUCGCCAUUCCAAAACUAGAGCCGAUCGACGAUGAUAUCAACCUAGAGGAUGUGUGCGCGGCCCCCCUAUCGCAAACGCCGCCAAACGAAAUCCUUGGAGCCUCCCAGCUAAAGCAAAAGAGACCCCGGGGACGACCGAGGAAACAUCCUCUCACCCCAAUGGUCAACACAAAUAAAGUCACGAAAGGCCGUUCGAAGACAGGAUGCAUCACUUGUAGGAAGCGCAAGAAGAAGUGCGAUGAGGCAAAGCCAAGAUGUAUGAACUGUGAGAAAAACGCCGUCGUUUGCGAAGGAUAUCACGAAAAGCAGGUCUGGAAGAGUGGCAGAGAAAGGGCUGAAGAGGCAGAGCGACAACGGUGGGAGAAUCUACCCAUCAUUACAAUGCAGCCUAUCUUUCACGGUGUGGAAACCACCGAGGACAAGAUAUUUUGGAAACACUACGUCAACCACUUCAGCAAUGUGUUAACUGUCGAGGGAGAGGCCAAGAACGCCUUCAAGGACAUCAUUCUGCAACUUGCCAAUCGGCAUCAAGGCCUGAUGCACUCAAUACUUGCGGCCAGCAGCAAGCACAUUGACUGGGAUACGCCUUAUGGCAUGAAAAUCCUCCAGAACAACCCGUCUACGAGCAAGGAGACCUUAGAGCAGCGCUCCGAAUUUCACCAUGACGAGGGCAUGAGACGAAUGUAUGCCGAAAUGCAGGAGAUGGACGAGGACGACCCGGAGUACAAAACCGUUCUCGCUGCACGGUAUGGCCAAAUGAUGUGCCUGCUCCUCCAGACUCGAGCUGAAGGCAAUCCACGGGGCGACCAUAGGGUCCAUCUACAGGCGUACAAAAAUCUGAUACAGAACUCGCCUCCCGAGGAUUCAAACUUCUUAACGUUCAUUAUGGAGUUUUUCCAAUAUCACAUCUACGCUGACGAUCUCUUCUGGUACCCUGAGAAAAAGACUGAGCGUCUUGCGACGGAAGACUGGGAACCAACGGCGCCUAUUCACCCCCCGCGCCUCCUGGGAGUCGCUGACGGACUAUUCCGCCACCUUUCUGAAAUUACCAGCAUUCGAAACGUCAUUCGGGUGAACAUGACCAACUCCGUCGACCCCUUGGUUGACUACACCAGUCUCUACAAGGCGGCCGAGAUCGAUGCCGCUAUCCGGGAGUGGACUCCCCGCUGGCCAUCGGGUGAUAGCCGGGAUCGUGUUGGGCUGCUAUACAAGCUAAUGCUAUGGGUUUAUCUUUUCCGAACAAUAUACCCUCCUUCAUCUUUGCCUGGCCGACGCAGCACUAUUGGUUCACUACCCACAGUGAUGUUUUCAACAAUGUCCACGAGCACGAGCUCUCAACCGCGGCGAGCCUCCAUGGCUGCAUCCAUAGGGCCUACAGCCUCGUCUCCGCUCAUGGGAGCGACUAACAUUUUCUCACGUUCGCAAAAAACACACAGCGCCCCCUCUACGCGGCAUCCAUCAAGAACCAGCUCCAUGCAUGAGGGUGACCCGAAGACGAAUACCGCGCCCGGGUCGCAGAAGCAGCGGGCUUCAUCUCCACCUCCUGCUCGCCGACCAGCACAGGAUGACAAGCGGAUCACCACGGCAGUCGAUGAAGCGUUAACCCUCUUGGAAACAUUCAAGCCCUCUGAUCCCUCACAGACCCUCCUUCUGAUCCCAUGUCUAGUAAUCGGAACGGCCUGCUUCGAACCCGACCAGCGGUACCGAAUCCGAGCAGCCAUCAGGGCAGUGCGAGGGUAUACAGGCCUGAAGAAUUGCGAUCGAGUCCUAGAACUGCUUGAAGAGGUUUGGGCGCUCAUGGAUCAAGGCGACUGGGGUGCUGUUUGGGAUUGGCAAAGAGUCGCCAGACGAAUGGGUCUUGACUUCCCUUGUGCAUGA